GGGGCUGGGGCUGGGGCUGGAGCGGAACUGCAACUAAUGUAACCAGAGAGAGAGAGAGAGAGAGAGGGGGGGCCAUGGAGUGACUGAUGCUGCUGGAGCUGCAGAGUUACAGGCGAGAGCUACAUCAUCAAACUGAGCCCCGGAAUUAGCUUUUUAACCAUUAUUCUAAUAUGGCUGGAAAGAAGCUGUUGCUGGUGGAUUGUGACUGUGGGCUGGACGAUGCCCAAGCAUUAAUGAUGGCUCUUGGAGCUCCAAACGUGCAUGUCCUGGGCAUUACCUGCUGCCAUGGAAACACGUCACUUGAUAAUGCGUGCAGAAAUGUCCUCCGAGUGCUAAAAGCUUGCAAGAGGACCGAGAUCCCUGUGUUUCGAGGCACCAGUAGCUCUCUCCUUGGACAAUGUUUGGACUCUUCAGCUUACCAUGGAAAAGAUGGGCUGGGAGAUGUCCCAGACCCCAGCGCUCCAGGCCUGGAGCACCUGCAGAGUGAGCAUGCGGUGAAUGCCAUGGUGCGGAUAGUCACCGAACACACCGGGCAGAUUUCUCUGGUGGCUCUCGGUCCCCUGACUAAUGUGGCCAUGGCAAGUAAAAUGGAUCCAACAUUUUCCACAAAGCUGAAAGAUCUGUAUAUCAUGGGAGGAAACAUGGAAGCCGUCGGAAACGUAACCGUUUGCGGGGAGUUUAACUUUGCCACCGACCCAGAGGCUGCUUCCAUUGUCCUGAAUCAGUUCUCGUGCCCAACCUAUAUAGCCACAUGGGAAUAUACUCUGCGCAACCAGCUGCCUUGGAAAUUCUUUGAAGAAUGGGUAAACCUAGGCACUGAAAAGGCUUGCUUCAUGAAGACUAUUACAAGACACAGUGGAAAAUACAAAUCGGUCAUGCAAAAUGAAGCAGAAUCACACCUGGAGUCGGCUUUUAACUCCUGCGAUUCCUAUGCAAUGGCAACUGCUAUUGACACGAGUGUUGUUACUGAAUAUAUCCGGUGUGGUGUAAGUGUGGAAUUACAGGGGCUGCUCACUAGAGGGAUGAUGGUCCUGGACAGCCAAAACCUCCUGGGAAAGGAAAACCAUGCCUUUGUUAUGAAAAAAUGUGACAUUGAGAAAUUUAAGCGGCUAAUGAUGGCUGCCUUGCUGUAGACCUCAGAGGGUGGAAUGGUAAUUGUGGAUAGGAAAUUGGCUACCACCACCAGAGGUCAAAAUAAAGAUUGGGCUAUAGCAGAAUUACCUCCCACAUUUCCAUUGAAUUCUUGUGAAGAACCAAACGACUAGAAUGUCUGACUGUAUAAAUGAUUGAUUUUACAAAUCCAGAGUAUAAGAAUUUCAACAGUA